CGAACCAAUAUCCAGAUUAAACAGAUUUAAUGUAUUUUUAUUAAAAAUAACGAAACUAAUAAUCACAUUCUGCGCACAGCGCGGAUUAUUUCCUAGUUGUUAUGAUGUUUCAAUCAUUUUGCUGGUGUUAUGCAUAUAUAUAUUCGUGAUGACCUCUCGCUUGUCAAGUGGCUUCCAAGCACCUUAUAAAGUAUAGUAUCCUCGUUUAUAAUAUAUGGUUCUGUCUUAUUCUUGUUAUGCAUUCGAAUUUAUCUGUUUAUAUAAGUGUAUAUUGAAAUAAACGUCAUGCAGGCAUGCAAUGACGCAUUAACUUUGUUUAUUAUAACAACUGCUCAACGUAUCGGCCUUUGGCCCUAAAUUAAUAGAGUUUUCUUACAUCAGUACAAACCCCAAAUUAUGAAGAAUUUUUUUUUAUAAAAGCUCUUAAGAAAUGUUUAUAAUUCCUAAAUUCUCAAAUCCGACCCUGAUGAUUGGUGUAGUAACUAACUUGGCCGUGAAGUGCAAGAAAAAAAGAAGAUGACGUUAUUUAUGAUUUCAACUACAAUAAAACCUCUAUAAAUUAAUAAUGUUGAGACUAGACCAAAACUAUAAUUUUUUAUUAAUUUACAGAGAUAUUAAUUUAUCGAUAUACUAAUUGAACCAAAAAUUCGAUUUGGGACUAUAAAAUUAUAUUAUUUUAUAGAGAUUUUUAGUGUAUAUUAAUUUAUAGAGUAUUAAUUUAAAGAGGUUAUAUUGUAGUUUGAUUAUAUAUCUAAGUAAAAAUGUAUUUUGUCACCAUAUAAUAUUAUUCUACACUACGAAAAUGUUUAAUUUUUAUCAUAGAAAUAAUUAUAUAUUGUUAAACCAACAAAGGCAAAGUUAUAUUGGGAUAUUUAGAGAGGAAACAGAUUUAGAGAUGACAAAUAUAGUGUUCCUAUCUAAUAUGUUGUUAUAUUGUCGUCUACUUAAACACUUUUAAAUCAAUCUAUUUAUAAUACGAAUGAAAUCCCAUUUGGAAUAUUUUCAUGACCUAAAAUAACGAACAAAUGAGAAUAUGCUUAUUCAAUAUACACUUAGAAUAUUAGCAAUUUCAUACAUGCAUGGAUUAAUUACUAACCAAAAACACCAUGCUUGCUUUGACAAGCUUUCCAUGCACCUCAUCCCUUUUCUUAGCAUUGACUUUUGAUAAUCCAAACAUGCUUCUCUAUCCAUACCUUAAUAAUCAUAUAGCUGACCAAACCUCUAUUAUUUAUCAUCUUCCUCUUCUAAACCUCAUUAACCAAAAACCAUUAAACCGCAGCCACCAUGAAUGCCUUCCAACCGCCACCGCAGACGCCGGUUUUCUCCGGAGGAUUCAGUUACGGAGUCGGAGUCUCCAUCGGAGUGCUUCUCCUCAUCACAACCAUCACCCUCACCUCUUACUUCUGCACACGUAACCAGCACUCUUCAUCACCUUCCCAAAACAAUCAAGAUUUGACUCGUGUACAUCACCACCACCAUGUCAUCAUCGACGUUGUCCCAGGUCUGGACGAGGAUACCAUUCAGAGCUACCCAAAGAUCCUAUACUCGGAAGUGAAAGGAAACUCCACGUCGUCGUGUUGUCACAUAUGCUUAGGAGACUUCAAAGGGAAUCAUAUGCUGCGGCAACUACCCGAUUGUAACCACCUCUUCCACCUCAAAUGUGUCGACACGUGGCUUAGACAAAAUCCUACGUGUCCUGUCUGCCGGACUUCGCCGCUUCCUACUCCCCUCGCCGAGGUUGUCUCCUUAGCCUCUUCUGUCGCCACCAUCAGGAUGUCCUGACUAAUUGUUUGUAUAGCCUCAAGAAUCCUGAACCAAAAUCAAUAAUAGUGUUCAUGAUAUUUAUCUUCUUCAGUUACUUCUUUAGUUCCUUUUAAAGCUUUCAAUUUCGGUCACUAACUGAUGAUUGUAUAUAUAAUUUGGAAUCUGUAAAGGAAGAAAGUUAAGGGUAAAUUUCACAAUAAGUUCUAUGACUUUUGCUUUUGUAAAAAGUUAUAAUAUACUAUUACGUACCUGCAGGUACCACGAAAAAGAAUAUUAAGUCGUUUUGAAAUGUCGAGAGGGAAUUGAAAUAUAUUUUCUUGAUUCUUGGCUUGUAUUGAACUUUUGGGCUCUGACACAUUAUUUAAAUAAAACAACUUGAGGCGUCAAUCCAAUAGAAAAAACGAGAACAAGUUAUAGAAACUUAAUCUAGUGGGAUCAAAUCCGUUACACAGUUGGGCGUUUCAGACGGAUUGCGUACGUAAGUGGGUUUUUCAGCAGUGCCAUUGACCAAGAGAAAUAAAAAAAACGCUCGAAAACGAUUUCUGUAUCAAAUUCCAACUGGCUCAGAAUUAAGUAGGUUAUAGAUGAUAGAAUGUAUUAACUACCAAACCCUUUAUUUUUGUUUUCAAAUACUCAGAAAAAAUAAAAUAUCACACCAAAUUCAUUUUACACAUAUAUCUUUCAUUUAUUAAUCUGAAUAGUGAAACUAUUAAGAACUGAAAUCUAAAAACAUUUUGUAAGAUAGCAUAUUUACAUUUCACA